UAUUGUUCGCAGUUGUGGUGUGACCUCGUCUCUGCGUUUCAGGACAGGAGUCAUGGCUGGAGCACAAGACGGCCAUGAAGCAGUCGUGUCCUGGUUCACCGAAUCCCAGCAGAGCUGCAUAGUAAAGAAUGGGAUAAUCCCAGAAUGGUUCCAUGGCAUCAUUUCCAGGAAAGUGACAGAAGAAAUGCUGAUGACCAAGCCACCAGGCAACUUCCUAAUCCGUGUGAGUGAAAGUAGAAUAGGAUACACACUGUCUUACAGAGCUGAGGAUCGCUGCAGACACUUUAUGAUUGCCAUACUUCCAGGUAAUCAAUAUGUGAUUGUAGGUGAAAAGCUGAAACACUGCUCUCUCCACGACCUGGUAGCUCACCACCGCAGGGCUCCACUUCUCCCCUACAACGAGGUGCUCACUGUAGCCUGUGGACAGGUGGGGCCCAUCUGCACACAAUCGACGCCCUAUGCUUCUGGGACAGAAAUCUGUCCAGACAAUCACACACAGGCUAUCCCUAAUCCCCAGGCUGACAUCCUGGAAGGCAGACGUCCCAGACUACCAAAGCAUCCCAAUAUCUCCCUUCCUCCAGUACCAAACCUGGGGCCAAAUGUAAGCAAGUUGCCGGCAACUGCACCAAGUUUGCCUGCGAGGCUUUAUCCCUGCCUGGAGACUGACCUUGGUGCUCUAACCCUGCAGGACAUGGGAUGUCCUCUGAAACCUGUGCCCAAGUCCACACCCAGACCCAUCGACACACCACUACCUGUGCCUCCCCGAAGCUUCUCACCAAAGAGUGAAGUGCUCAGCACCAGUGCAGGAGACAGACAGAAGCAAUUAGCAGCAGGAUGCCUGGAGUGGCCGCUGCCCUCGUCUGGCAUGCAGCCAGAAGACAGUCAGAAGAGCCAGGUAGAGCCAAAGUCUACCCGCAUAAGCCUGGCACAGUGCAGAAAGCUCUUUCAGAGGAAGAAGAACCACUCUGAGGAGCACACAUACACAGAAAUAAAUGACAAUGUAGUGGAAAAGGGAGCUGGUGGAGAUAGUAACCACCAAAAGCUCAGUGGGGGACUCCAUGGCAUUGCCCCCCACGCUGGCAAAGAACUGUCUGCCCAGGCUGUUGUUAAUUCUGGUUCUGCCACUGGGAUGCUGCCAGAAGAAUACUUCAACCCGCCUCCAUUUGCCCCUCAUUACUGAAUGAAGUACGUGGGCUGAAUGUCAUAUGAUGAUUUACACAUAGAUAUUUCAUGUAUGAUUUUCAGUUGUUGUUUUUUUGCUGUGCUAAUAUUAUACAAUGUAUGCAUAGCAUAAUGUAUGUCAGUUGGCCAUAUGAGCAUUGUUAGUAUGCAGGCUACUUUACCUUGUGUAGUGCUUGCCUGCACCAACAAUCUCUCAGCAGUUCCACAUCUUUGCCAGGAGUGACCCAAGAGUACUCUGGGCUCUUUUACUGCUGUCAAACAACAUUAUUGGCAACUUUAUAAGAUAAUACAACAUGGGAAAAAUUCAUAACUAGGUGUAGCUGAGUAAUGGGCAACCAACAGAAUCAACAGUCACGACAUG